AGUUGUGGUCAUGCUUUUAUUCUGAAAGCUGGGGCCGGAAACUGUGUUCGCUUCUGCUUUGUGUCGCGGCCGCUGCUUUUUAACCUUUACGUCCGUUGUGUCAGACGACGAGCCGAGGUGAUCCGCGCGUCAGUGGCUGGAGUCAUGGCGGGUGGGACAGUGAGUCGGCCUCGGCCAGGAGGGUCCACAACAGUCGGAAGGAUCUGUGUCACCUGCCGCUGCCUCCCAACUCUUCGUUGCUGAACACGACUGUGACGAUUGGACAAGUUUCACCGGCCGCUGCUUCCUGCAGAUGAACUUGACAGAAACGGACACCAACAUCAUGUUCGCGCUCAUCUGGUCCCGGUCCCGCUCGUCGGACCGCAUGAGGGCGUGAGUCCGGCGCGCUGUCCGCUCCAGUGGCUGCAGUCCCUCGCCAUGGGUGCGAAGCAGAGCAGCUCGCCCUGCAGCGCGGCUGCCGACGGACGGAGCAGAGCCUACUCCGGCUCGGACCUGCCGUCCAGCUCCUCCACCACUGACGGGCCGCGGAGGACCGACGCCAGACAUCCCGCGGAUGGAACCUCAAGCGCCAGACAGGACAUGGGCGCAAGGGCGAGGGCUGUGGUGAGGUCGGAGUCCAGGAUCCACCCCGGGACGGAUGAGGGUGCGGAGAGUGAGAGGGCAGAGGCGGCUGGACCGCGGCUGAUGGUGGGCUCGCUGCCCGCUCACCUGUCUCCUCACAUGUUCGGAGGCUUCAAGUGCCCUGUCUGCUCAAAGUUCGUGUCUUCAGACGACAUGGACCUUCACCUGGUCAUGUGUCUAACAAAGCCCAGAACAACUUAUAACGAGGACGUCCUAAGCAAGGAUGCUGGAGAAUGUGCCAUCUGCUUGGAGGAGCUGGAGCAGGGGGACACCAUCGCUCGGCUGCCUUGUCUGUGCAUCUAUCACAAAGUGUACUACACUCACUUCCCAUUCGUCUCCAGAAAGCACUGUGCCGUGUCUCGGGGGGUAAUGUGGGGAAUUGAGUCGGGAAUUUCAAAAGUAAACAGACCUCGCGGUGACGGGAAAUUGAUGAAGACGCAGACUCAGGAGAAGAGACUGAAUUAGGUUAGCGACGCAACAUUAGCUAUAGAUGCAGUCCAGUAGUGAAGCACAAUAAUAAUAAUAAUAAUAAUGAGUGAGAGCCUUAACUUGGGUCAGUGGUGAUGGGCUGGUGAGGCAUCACGCCUCCUGCUGUAAAAUUUUUAGAUUUGAAGAAGCAUUUCUGUGACAUCAUUUUUACACCUGGAGCGCCAUCUACUGAUCUGGUAGAUCAGUCUUGCAAUGUAACAGAGAUGAAGCAGUGAAGAGGCGAGUGCAGGCAGGGUGGAAUCAGGACAGGCUGUUGGGGAUGGUUUGAUUUUCGUUUCUUCUUUUGAACAGAUGCAUCGACCAGUGGUUUGAAGUCAACAGGACGUGUCCCGAACAUCCUUCCCAUUGAAGCUUUAAUUGCGCAGGACAUUACAGGUGACUAUGUUCCAGACCGCGUCCUCCCUGACCCCGUAUUGCUGGGAUAGACUUCAGUGAUUAUGGACAGAAAAAUGAAUUGACUUUUCAAUUUCCUUGUGGAUUCUGCGACCAUUCUGUUGUGUAUUAAGUUCUUGCACCAAAGCUCAAGCGAUAUCUGAAUGUGGAUUGAGGGGAUGCUGGACACGGUGACCACUGUGAAGCGCCCACCAAUCCAAAUGUGACAGCUCUGCUGCACAGCUUCCACAGAUGGUUCUCUUCCUCUCUAUAGCAACCAGUGACCAUCAGUGCCUUUGGUGCUGUUCACCCUCAGCUGCUGCUGCUGCAGGAGCUUGAGCUAGGACCUGCAUCCGUUAGGGACUAUCAGGUCAAACACCUGGAUUAACGUUUUGCAUUGAUGGUGCCAAAUAACUGUGGACACACACAAGACCCUGUUUUCAUCAUUAUUCACUGAUAGCAUGACAUGAGAACAACCACAGCUCUGAGAUCUUCAUGCUCCAACACGUUGGAAUCGACCCGAAACUUUCAGGUUAAUCGCCCUAUAUGACGGGCGGGUGAGAGAGUGGUGUCUGUUGCUGUUGGUCUGUGUGUCAAACUCAAGGCCCGAGGGCCGAACCCAUCCCAUUAGGUCAUUUUAUGUGGCCCACAGGAGCUUCUCUUGAUGAAUCCGUAGGGAAUUUGAGGAAAGAGGAGGAGGCGGAGUCUGUGGUGAGGCUUUGAUUGUGUUAGAUAUGUUUGUCCCCUUGCAUGACUGAGUUAUACUCCCCAGGUGGAAGGGCCCACCUUCUGUCGUGUAACCACGAUGCACUGGAAAUGCUGCUGCGCCCCCACUUCUCACACCAGAAGUACAAACUGGAGGCAAGUGUGACUGCAGCAACAUUUAAUUUAAAGAACUGAUCUUCUUUUGUGGUGCUUCUUAAAAGUGUUGAUUUUUAAAUGUGAGAUACCAACCUCCCGGUCAGUGGCUCUGCUCUAAUGUGGGGUUCAUUACUGAGAGAAGUCCAUCGGACUCAGUCGGUUCAUUUAGAAACCAGUGUCUGAGUCCGUUUGAAUAUCUAAACAAGAAUGAGCAGCGAUAUUAAGCCAUAACUGAGUGUCAUGAAUGUGGAGCUUUAAUAAUUGUUGCCAACCAAAAUGGCGGCUCUGUCGAAUAUGAGCUGCAGUUUUACUCCUCAGCACUUGAGCUAAUCUUGAAGUUUCAGUAGCGAUGGGAGCAUGUAUGAAUGCUAACCUGGAGGCCACCACUAGAGGUCACUGAAUCAUACCAGCAGCCACUGUAAUACCUGCAUUUUCCACCAAACCACUGAAUCUGAGCCAUUAGUAAAUCGUUUUUAUUUGCAUCCUGGACGUGAAAUACAAAAACAAACAAUGUAAACAAUAGAUUUUAGAUUUUUGCUGUGUUUUAUCGUUAAAACCUUUUUUAUAUUUGCUCCAACAGCACACCUGUUGUUUGCAUUUGAACAAUGUGUUUGUCUGUCCUCCUCUCAACAAGGCUGUGCUCUGUUUGACGAUGGGUCUUGUAAAAGCACUUUCCUUUUUUAUUGAAUGAGAAGAAUAAAUAACCAAUUCAUCUUCAUCUCUGAGCACAAAAACGGACUUCUGUUGAAUGUACGGGUGUCGCUUGAGUUCAGAAUAAACAUCAUGUAGAUUUUAUUUAAAAUAUGUCAAAUAAAUGGAAA